ACUGUCUUCCAUUUCAAUUGUACACGCAUUCCCAUCAUAUUUGCUCUUGGUAUGUCUCAAUCGAAAAACAUGAAGUACGUGAUCCCGCGUCGCGCAUCGUGUCUCAUGUUUGUGAUGCUUAUGUGUAUCCUGCUUAGCAUGAACACUACAGAUAUCAAUAAAGAUGACUCCUGUUGCGCUGAGCACCCCAACACUGGGAGAAAGGGGAGAAACCUAGUGGUGUGUGUUGACGGUACAUCUAACCAAUUUGGGGAACGGGUAACCAUUAUGCUUGUCGAAAUUUACGCCCUCUCAUAUUUUGCCAUUAGAACACAAAUGUUAUAGAGCUAUAUAGCCAGGUGCUCAAAGACCCGGAUUGUGAACAGCUUACAUACUACAACAGCGGGAUCGGAACAUAUGCACAACCUCCGUGGAGAUCACCCACAUAUUGGGCUCGCGUGAUCAUGCAUAAGAUUGAUCUUGCAAUCGCAUGGUAUUUUUGAGGAUAUCAUUUUUGAUGCAUACCGUUGGCUUGCAGACAAUUACCAAAAGGGAGAUAAAAUCUAUCUAUUUGGUUUUUCUCGGGGAGCAUAUCAAGUUCGUGUACUGGCAGGCAUGAUUCAUAAGGUUGGCCUUAUUUAC